AUGUCACAGUUUCUCGAUCCGACACUUGAAGUGAGUACUCCCAAGCAGUCUGGUCAUAAACGUACAGAAUCCUCCUAUUCUACUAGUUAUUCAGUACUUGAUAUCUAUGAAACGGAAUCUCCAAUAUCCGCUCGAAGUCCUACAACUACUAAUAAUGAAUUAGGUGAUGAAAUUAUGAGAGGAUUAGAUGAAUUGGAAUUUAAAGAUCUUUCCAAUGAUAAUACCUUAUUUGCAUCCAAUGGAUCCGAGACUGAAAUAAAUUCAAAUUCAAAUUUAAAUUUAAAUUUAAAUUUAAAUUCCAAUUCAUAUAUAGAAGAAAGAAUUGAAUAUAUUACCCCCAUAAAUAAUAUUACUAAUAUUAAAACCAUAUUAUCAUCUCCAUAUGACAUGUAUGGAUUUAAAAAGAAAUCUAAUCUUAGUUCUAUAACUCCUGAACAUUAUAAUCAAUGGUUUGAACAAUAUUCUCAGUAUUUACUUGAAAGAAAGCAAAAAUGGUUAUCAUUAAUGAGAACUAAUGGAUUAAAUCUUCCCAAUGAUUCAACUAUACCGACAAGAUUCCCUCCAAAAUCAGCUAAAGUUAAAAAAUUAAUUCGAAAGGGAAUUCCCCCUGAAUGGAGAGGUAAUGCAUGGUUUUAUUAUGCUGGAGGAUAUGAAAAACUUAGUAAACAUAAUGGAUUAUAUAAGGAAAUAGCCACUAAUGGAGUUAAAAAUAAGGAUUCAGAUGUAAUUGAAAGAGAUCUUGAUCGAACAUUCCCAGAUAAUAAAUAUUUUAAAUCUAAUGAUAAUAAUGAACCAAAAAUGAUUCAAAGUUUACGAAGAGUUUUAACAGCAUUUGCUCAUUAUAAACCACAAAUUGGUUAUUGUCAAUCAUUAAAUUUUUUAGCAGGACUUCUACUAUUAUUUAUGAAUGAAGAACGAUCGUUUUGGAUGUUAGUUAUAUUAACUGAAAGAAUUAUACCCAAUGUUCAUAGUCAUAAUUUAGAAGGAGUUCAUACCGAUCAAGGAGUUUUAAUGUUAUGUAUAAAGGAAUAUAUUAAUCAAUUAUGGCCUAUUUUAGGUAAAUCAUUUGAUGGACAAUUAAUUGCUGAAGAUAAAAUUCUUAGUAAUUUACCUCCUAUUGCAUUAGUAACAUCUCCAUGGUUUAUGUCCCUUUUUGUUGGAGUAUUACCAAUUGAAUCAACUUUAAGAAUAUGGGAUAUUUUAUGGUAUCAAGGAUCAAAAACUAUAUUUCGAAUUGGAUUAACAUUAUUUAAAAUGAGUUCAGAAACAAAUGAAUUUCAAGAAUUAACUCUGACAAAUUCUAGUCAAAAUGAUCAAGUAGAAUUAUAUCAAUUUAUGCAAAGUUAUCCUAAAAGUCUUUUAGAUCCUAAUGAAGUUUUAGGUAAUUGUUUUAAAAAAAUUGGUGGUUAUGGUUAUGGAUCAUUAUCACAAGCAGAGAUAGAUACAUGUAGAGAAUUUGUAUCUAAACAACGAGAGAAAUUAAAUAAUAAAAAGAAGAAUACUUCAAUAGCAGUUACUGAUGAAGAAAGACAAACAUUAUUAUUAGGACAAGAUGUUCAUGAUGUUUAUGGAUUUCAUCGAUCAAUUAUGAUAUUACAAAUAAAAUGA